UUCUCUCUCUCUCGCAGAUUACUGAUUCUUCAACCACAAAUUUACGAGCGAUACUCUCUCUCGGAGAUUACUGAUUCUUCUCCCUCUUUCUUUUGCGUUUUGCAGGAAAUCGAACAAACCGUAACAAAUCGCGCCGCACAACCACAACAACAACAACAACAGCAACAACAACAACAACAACAGCAACAACAACAACAACAACGACCAACACUGACCGGAAGAUUCUGCAGAUGCCUUUUCACGACUAUUUUCUACUUGCAACUGAUCCUAGUCUCGACCUUCGUCAUCUUUCUCACAUCACGAGGUCUAGUCUUCAAGAAAUCACCAAACUUCCACCCCAAGAAAUGGUACACACCUUUGCUAUCCUCUGUAGCCCUAUCUGGAGUUCUCUCUUUAGCCUGGCAAUGCUUCUUCGUCUGCAACAUAGCAGCAACAGUCAAAGCAACGUUCUAUUUCGCACCGCUGUUCACAUUCUCGGUCGGGAUCUUCUUGUAUGUGUACGGCUUAAAGGUGGUUCGAUGGAUCGGUGUACUUAUUCUGCUCUGUAGCAUUUUCCAGGCAGUCUAUAGCUGGUGUUUCGUCCUUAAAAGGAAGCGUGUAUUUACCUCCAAGAUUAUGGCAAACUCCACGGCCGCACUACCUGCAAGAACCAGAGCAAUCGCCGUUGUAUCAGUGAUCUUAAGCGUCUUUUACUCUGGUUUCUUGGUGGCUGGAAUCGGAGGAGCUACUGCUACAAGAACACGUCUAGAUAUUCUUUUCAUCUCCAUAAUCGUGAUAAUCCUGGCCUGGACAAUGCAAGUUCUCAAAAACGUACAGCUCGUGGCUAUCUCGAAAGCCGCAUACGUAUACUUUGCGCGUGUUGAGUUUAUGAAUGCAUGUGAUGCUCUUUGCGCCACUCUGAAGAACCAUCUCGGGAGCGUUUGUAUUGGGUCAACGCUCGUUCCAGUUUUUGUAUUCAUCAGGUUAACGAUCCGAGCCUUUAAUAGGUUGGACAACGGCAGCGACAGGACCAUGUAUGCAAAUAACAGAGACUGCGCUUGGAUUGCCAAUCAUAUGAUUGUAAUCGGAAACAGAUGGGGAUUUGUUCAUGUGGGAGCUCACAACAAAACCUUUGUGCAAGCGUCGAGAGAUACCUGGAUGGCUUUUAGAAGAAUGGUUGGAUUGGAGGAACUGAUUGAUGCUGACCUCACCAGCUCCAUCUGCUUCCUCAGUGCCAUUGCAACUGGGGCUAUCUCUGCAUUAACUUCAGGAAUAUGGGCGCUUGUGAUCCAUAAGGAUUACUUCUUUGAGCUGACUCUCUAUGCCUUCAUCAUCGGAUACUUCGUGGCGAGAGUUGCUUCGGCGUGGUUGCAAGCAUGUGUAUUGGGAUACUAUGUAGCUUAUUCUGAGAAUCCACAGAACGAUUUUUUUGAUGACAUGAUUCCACAACGUAUUGCACGGCAAAAUAUUGAAGAGAGACAAAGAGAAGCCAGACAUGAAGUGCCGGUGCGAGAGGAGGAGGAGGAUAUAUCAUACGCGUAGAGCUAACAUGCGGAAGAACAUAUUCCACCAAGUACAGAAAAAAAUACCUUCGUUUUCUUUUUUUUUUCGAUUUCGCUGAGGCAUUUUCAAGCUAUAGAUCGGAGAUUGUUUAGCUCCAUAUGCACAAUGCAGCUAGAGAAGGAAUUUAUACAUUACUAAGUAUAGAUUUUGUUUUCGUUUUUCCGUUUUUUUUUUUUUGUUG